AAUUUUUUUUAUUAAUUUAUUAGCUAAAUAAAGUAUAUAGAAGUUCAUUUUAAUAUGGUUUGGAGUAGAUUUAGUUUAGGUAUCUUUUUUAUAGUAUGGCUGACAAUAAAAAGCGUAUUAACUUAAAUAACGAUCAGAAAGCAGGUGUUUUAUUAGAUGAACAUCUCUUCUAAUUAAGCAUAGUCGACAGAAGGAUGGACUUAAGUAUAAGGGGGUUAAAUAAAUCUAAGCAAUUGCGAUCCAACUGAUAAUUAUAGUCCAGCAUACGUUUAUGGCACGAGAAACCAAAAUCAGCCACCAUCAAAUAUGUAUUAUUGUGUUCCCGGAGCUAAUUCAGUACCAUACGCAUUUCAAAUUUCUCGCUCAGUUAUGACAAAUCUGCCUCAUUAUCAAAUUGGUUUUGAUGUCGAGUUGAUAUUAUUUGGAACUUGGGCUGUUUAGGGAGUAUAAAGUUGCACAAGAUCAGACUACUUAGUUCUAACAGCAGAUCAAAAUUAAUUUAAAUUUACCUUACAAGAUGCUUAUACAAAUUAAUUAGCUUGUUAAAACACUGUUGAUGGAGGAUAUUUAUUAAAAAUUACAAAUGUGAUUGAUCAUAAAGCAGAUACUUUAAGUAUUUCACUAACAUCUAAUACACUUUCUGAUUCUUCUAUGGUGAGUUUUGGUAUAAGAAAAUUUAAUGUUUACUCAAAUCUUUGCCCUGAUCAGUAUUGCAGCGCGUGUAUUGAUCAAUACACAUGCACUUCUUGCACUAACAAUUUGUUAGUGUCUUUUGAUGGACGCUAGUGUCUUUAGUCUUGCCCUACUAACUUUCUAAUUCAGUAGGGAAAGUGUGUAUAAAAUUGUGGUCUAAAUUCAGUUUUAGAUGUACCAUCUAGAACAUGUGUUUUGUGCGAUCCUAAUUGCUAAAUCUGCUUAUCUUAAAACUAAUGCUCAUAAUGUUAUAUCAAUUACUACCUAUUCUAAGGUAAAUGCUACUAAAAAUGUCCAAUAAAUAGUAUCCCUCCAACCGAUGGAUCAAAUGUAUGCAAAGAAUGCUCUCCAGGUUGCUCUGUUUGUAAUUCAAGCGGAUAGUGUAGCUAAUGUAAUAAAUAAUACGCUCUUGUAAAUGGAUAAUGUAAAUAAUGCUAUGAUCAAAAUUGCGCUUAAUGCUAAGAUAGUAGUAUAUAUGGAUGUUUAGCUUGUAAUAACGGGUAUUAUUUCAGUGAAAAAAAAUGUAUUUCAGACAAAUGUUAAGACUCUGUUUAUAGACUUGCUAAUGUAGAGUGUUAAGUAUGCAUGGGCGGAUAUUAUUAUGAUGUGAGUUAAGACUCUUGCAUUGAGUGUCAUAGUCUUUGCCAUGACUGCACUGGUACAGGAUGGGAUUAGUGCAAAGAGUGUUCUUCUAUCAGAUGGAGAUAUGUUUAAUCUGAGAAUUUAUAAUAAGACACUUAUUCAAGCAAAUUAGGUAUUUGUGACUGCAAAUAAUCUAAUUAAUUUGAUACAAUAGAUGACACUUGUUAGGAAAUUGGUUAGUGGAAUAUUUUUACUUAUAUUAUGCUUUUUGUUAUUUUUUUCGCUAGCUUAUAGCUUGCUUAUAGAGGCAAAAUGCUAUAUUUGAUGAAUUUUAUGUAUUUCAUUCAAAGUCUGAGUUUGCUAGGCUUCUUAAAUAUGCCUUAUCCAUAUUUUCUUUAAGAUAUAUUUACUGGAUUUAACAGAGUUAAUUUACCAAAUCUUUUGCCAAGAGUAUUUUAAGUUGAUUAAGAUAAAAUGACUUUAAGUGGAAGACAAUAAACUGUUUAUUUCUCAAAUUCAUCUGCUUAAUUAGAAGAUAUAUUUUCUUUUCCUAAGUUUAUGCUUUACUAUGAUAUGACUUCGAACUUCUUAUUAAAUUUUAUAAAUUAUUUUAUUAUUAACUUGAUUCCAUUAUUUAGCUAUAUCUUUAUUAGAGUUUAUGAGAGAGUGAAGGGUUUUAAAUUUAUCUAUGAAAGAACUAUUAAAAAUGAAAUUAUCCCUUUCUUCUUAUACCAUAGUCUUUUAGCUCUAUUUAUUUAUAUGAUUUUAUAAUUUUAACAUGCAUCAACCUAAGGGGCUUUACAUGUUAUUGGCACUGUUUGUGCUGUUAUCAGCUUAGUUUUGAUCGUUGUGAUGGUAUAUUUUCACACUUACACUCUUAUGAAGAGUAUAAAUUUGUUUAAGAAAAAAGAUAAGAAUCAUGACAUCUUUAGAUUCUCAAUAUACUUGCGUGAUAUUAAUUUCAUAAAUGGAAAUAUAUUUUAGUAAAACUUUAGAACUAUUCAAGCCUUGAAAUAGCUUAUUCUUGUCUGUUGUAUAGUUGGGGCUUAUAACAAACCAGUAACCUAAGCUAUAUUAGUAAUAGUAUUUUAGUUUAUUUAUUAUAUGGUCCUUAUAGCAAUUAAACCAUUUACAACUGUCGAAAACAAUAAAUAACAAAUUAUAUAUGAGACUUUACUGUUCUUUUGUCUUUUUUUAGGUUGUUGGUAUGAAUUUUCUUUUGGCAUUGAAGGAUAAACAAUAAAAUAAUUUGUAGGAGUAUCUCUAAUCUUGGGCAUAUUUUUAAUUUUACUUUAUAUGAUGACAGUAACUCUUUACAAUUUCUAUAAAAUAGAAAAACCUUUGUUUAUUUAGUAUAUGGCAAAGCGUCGCUUGAUAAACAGAGAAAAAGAAAUAUAAAAAAUGGUACUUAGAUAAAAGAAAAAUUCAAUUACAGAGUAUGUAAAUAAAGAUGGUCAAAGCUAAAGUAAGAAUAAUGAUAUAUCAGAUUCCGAUAGUGAAAAGAGUAAAUCUGUUGAAAAUCAGGCAUCAAAAAAGACAUUACAAAAAAACUAAACCCCAAAGCACAUAUUACCAAAUGGUUUAAGGAGUAGCAAAAAUGCUUAAUCAACAAACAAUAAAAAUGCUUUAAAAUAAGUAUUUGACCAAAAUGAUGAAACAAUAUAAGUCUAACCAGAUUAUCGUGAAGCAAUUAAAGAACAUUAACUAUAGUUCAAUAAUAGUCAAAUUUUAAUGAGCGAGUUACCACCAAAUUCUGCAAUGAAUGGUGGUUUAUCUAGAAGAAACCCAUACGCAUAAAAUAACUAAUCAAUGAGUUAUUACCUGAACGAGACAGAUUAAAACAUUAUCACAGAUACCAACUUUAAAUAAUAAAAUAAUGAAAAUCCAAAUAUACUUUCUGUUUUAGAUGAUGAAAUUUUACAAAAUUUAUAGUUUAACUAAACAAACAGAGUUAUGCAAAAUAAUGAAAAUAACAGUAGUAGCUUUUAUGAUAAAAAUAAUACUUAAUAAAAUUUCAUCAAUAAUAAUCCUAACUAAUAGUAAAACAAUAUGGAUAAUACCUUAGACAAAUAAAAUUAACUAUCACCUACCAGAACUGUUAAUUUUACAGAAGCAGAAGUCACGUAAUUUGAUAAAAGUGAAGUUUAUUUGGGCUCAAACAAAAAAGAUAUAUACUCUAUCAAUUCUAAUUUAAAUGAUAUUUCCGGUCUACAUAAUAAGACAACUCAAUUGGAGGAAGGAAUUCUUAAGAAUCUUAAACAUAACGAUUCAAAUGAUAGUAUAAUAUUGAAAAAGAAUGAAAGAUAUUAGCCCUCGUAAAAUGAUAAUUAAAGUUUCGGGUAAACAGACAAUAAGUCAAUAUUAUAGAAAAACGAAGAAGAUGAUUACAAUAAGACAUUUAUGAUAAAUAAUGAAGCAAUAUAGGAUGUAGCUGGUCACCUAAUAAAUUAAUAUGCAGAUAAUAGUAGUGUACCACAUAUAAAAAAUAAAUCUAACACACUACAUGCUUCUACAGAAUAAGGUAUUAGACCUAAAGCAUAAGUACACAACCGCUCUUCCUUAAAAAGUGGGGUGCUUUAAGGUAUGUAAUAACAUUAAAAUCCUUAGUAAUAAACUUAAAAUGGCUAAGAAGUAGCAAAACUGGAUAAUAAUUAUGUAGAUAAAUAAAAUUUAUUGGCAAAUUCGAAGUUUGAGAAUAGUUAAACUGGAUUUAAUAAUAACCAUGAGUCAAAUUCUAACUUAGAUAUAGUUAAUAAUCAUAACAACUAAUCUAUGUUAAAUGAUAGUGUUUUAAAUCAAAGUAUUGAUCCAAUGAGGGGAACUAAUAUUCUCUCAUCAUCUGUACUAAAUAGUAGUGGAAUUAAAAAACCAAGUUAAUAACCAAAAGGAGUUUUCUAAUAAACUGGAAAACAAAUAUCAACGUUAGACAGGAGCUAAUCUUAAAAGUAAGAAAUAGUCAAAGCUUUCAAGGAAGCUCCUUAAAAGGUUUAGCAAAAAUUUGCAACAAAAAAGAAAAAGAACUUGAAUGGUUCUAAUUUAUCCUAAAAAUAGAAUCAACUUCAAUAACAAUAAUAACCUAUGAAUUCAGGAUAAUCAGGUUUAAACAAACUUAAUGAAUAGACUAAUAGCUUCAUUAAGAAAGCUCUGGAUACAGAGCUUAUGUAUAAAUGGAAAGACCAAUCAUAUAAUUAUGAUGAAGAAGAAGACUAUUGA